AUGCAUAUCAGUAUUACAGCAUCAAAUAUUGUCACAUCGGGGAAUACCGUUGUUACUUUGGAUCAAGAUGCGAAAUUUACUUGCGCACUCUCGGAGUCGUCUGGCGUUAUGCAGGUCACCUGGAAUAAACUGAGACGCGACUCAUCUGAUCUUCUGGCCACCUACAGCGCUCGGUAUAAGGCCAAAGUCUCGGAUUCUUAUAUCAAGAAAAUUGAGUUCGAAGAGGCUUCGUUCAGUUCUACCACUAUCAGAAUAAAGAAUGUUACUUUUGAAGACGAAGCUUGCUAUGCUUGCACAUUUGACGUUUACCCAAAUGGAUCUACGCGAAAGGAGAUUUGCCUCACAGUUCAAGGUAUUUCAAAAAUUACAACAAAACUGGAACCUUUCACAAAGCCUGAAACGCCAUCGGAGACGGACGUAGUAAUCACUUGUUCGGCCACUGGUAAACCAAAACCAGUGAUCCUUUUGAAAUCAGAAGAAAAUUUCAGUCUGCAAUGGGACAACUUCACGAAGGUCAACGAAGACAACAGUAUCACUGCUUCAAGCAACCUCACGGUCCGGCUGUCAGAUUUCCGUGGAGAAUAUGUGGAUUGUAUUGCACAGAGUGGAGAUGUAGUGGAACAAAGGCGAAUCCGUAUUGACAGAGAUAUCAGCAAAGAGGGUGGGAGUUCAUCGCGUCUUUACGUCAGUAUCAUUCUUCUCCCUGUUGGUCUCGUGGCGUGUGCUGUUGCCAGUUUCAUUCUCUACAGAAGAAGAAAACGUUAG